UACUCUUGACCUAGUCUUUAUAAACAUUAGAUGGUGUAUAUACUCAGAAAUCAAUUCGUUUGUUUUUAGAGGGCAUGUUUGAACUUUGUAUAUUAUUGUGUAAAGAGGACAAAGAAGGUACUUGGAGAAUAUAAAAUCACUACAUGCUUUCCACCAAUGAACUCUGCACUUGUUCUCUCUCCUCAUCAGGUGAAAGGCCCGAAUGUUGGGCUUCUUGGCUUCUCCAAAGGCGGUGACCUGUGCCUCUCAAUGGCAGCUUUCCUAAGAAACAUCACGGCCACUGUCCUUAUCAACAGCUGUGUGGCCAACACAAUAGCUCCCCUGUAUUACAAAGAUCUGUUUGUUCCCAAUCUUCGGUGUGACCUAACAAAACAAAAGACCAUGGAGUCAGGCCUUUUGGAUUUGGUGGAUAUUUGGAACAAUCCACUAGAGGAACCUAACUGUCAAAGUCUUAUUCCACUGGAAAAGGCCCAGGGACCCUUCCUGUUCAUUGUGGGCAUGGAUGAUCAUAACUGGAAGAGUGAAUUCUAUGCCCACAUAGCCUGUGGACGUCUACAAGCCCAUGGAAAAGACAGACCCCAGAUAAUCUACUAUCCAGAAACUGGUCACUAUAUUGACCCACCUUAUUUCCCUCCUUCCAGAGCUUCUGUGCAUGCGGUGUUGGGUGAAGUGAUAUUCUAUGGAGGUGAGCCAAGGGCUCACUCAAGGGCGCAGGUGGAUGCCUGGCAACAAAUUCAAACUUUCUUCCAAAAAUAUCUCAAUGGUGAAAAACCUGUGGAGCGCAGCAAAAUAUAACAUUGCAAUUAUAUACCAAAUACCAUUUUUGA